GCCUUUCUAUUUGCCACACACAUAAAUACUCUAGAGAGAGAAAGAGGAAAAGGAAGAGUCUUUGAAGAGAAAAAAAGGAAAAAACAGUUAUCUUGUUUAAGGGUUUGGGUUUGUUUUUGUUGUGCAGGAGAAACAGAGAAACAAAAAUGGAAGCUAAAGAGGAAGUUGUUUCUGUUGAGCUACCAGCUCCUUCUUCUUGGAAGAAAAUGUACUUCCCAAAGAGAGCUGGUACACCGAGGAAGAGUGAAAUCAUGUUCAUAUCUCCAACUGGGGAAGAGAUUAAUAGCAGAAAACAAUUGGAGCAGUAUCUAAAAUCACAUCCUGGUAAUCCUCCAAUAGCAGAAUUUGAUUGGGGUACUGGUGAGACGCCAAGAAGAUCCGCAAGAAUCAGUGAGAAGGUCAAGGCAACUCCAACACCAGAAAAGGAGCCCGCAAAGAAGCGAGGCCGGAAAUCAUCAUCAGGAUCUAAGAAGGAUAACAAGGAAACAGAAUCUGCCCAUGAAAAAGGUGAAUAUGAGAAGGAAAUUCAAAUGCAAGAUGCAGACGGCGCUGGGAAGGAAAAUGAAGAAGCAGGAAAGGAGAAUGAUGUUGCCAAAGAAGGUCUGAUUGAGAAAGGGGAUAAAAAAGAAGAAGCUGGCCAGACAGAGAAUGCUGAUAUAGAAGAAACUGCUCAAAAACAAGUUAACAAGGACACAGGGGUCCAGGAGGAUGCUGGUGAAGACAAGGCAGGUCCUGAAAAUCUCCAGCAGGCAAUGGAAGUUCAAGAGCAGGAAAAUCCAGAGGAAGCACUGAAGAAAAAAUCUGCAGAAGAAGCUGGCUCUGGUGAAGGCAUUGCAGAAAAUGUGCUGCAAACUGAGGUGGGGAAGGAGAAUGAUCAAGGUGACAAGAUGGAUAUCCCAGAAUCUGUGCCCAAGGAAGCAAAUGGAGGAGCAGCAAAAGAGAAUGCCAAUGGAGCAGUCCCUGUAUCUGAAGAAGAGAUCAAAGAGAAACCAGAUUUACAGGAGAAAGAUAACACCCCUGUAGAUGGAAUAUCCAAAACAAUGGAUGGGGAAGUCACAGAAAAUGGCAAGGUUAACCAAACAGAUCGAGCUGAUGCCCCGCCAAACCCAACUCCUCCUGUGAGCUGUUGAAUGUAUUGCACUAUUGUCCGUGAUCUGUAGUAGUCGUCUUAUUUUAGCUCUGCCUCGUUUAGUUCUGAACUUCUGAUGACUUUUUGGACUCCUUGAAUGACUUAACAUUAAUGCUGUUGUUGCUAGAUUCCAUUGUAUGUUGAUACUAGAUUUAAUGUAUGUAGGUAAAAUUAUGUAUCCUUUCAGUCCUCAGAGUAGGUCACAGUUGCCGCAGCUUUUGUUACAUUGUGCAGGAACUUAUGAUUGUAGACUUUUGAAAUUCUCUCAACUUGUAUGGUUAGUAACUAAACUAAAUAAUUUGUGCUCA